GGGUCGGAGCAGCCCUGGCUGCUGGGAUGGCGUGUGGUGUGAGUCCCGUCCUGGAAGGGACUCAGUGCGGCGGUGCUGCUCGGUUUUCUUGUCCUGCCAGCUUUACCGUGAUGCCUCCAGCCUCAGAACACCGUCGUUUCUCCUUGGAGUCACUGACUGGCCCAGAUACGGAGCUGUGGCUUAUCCAGGCCCCUGCAGACUUUACCCCAGACUGCCUCAAUGGGCGGCUGGUACCCCUCUCUGGCUCCCAGAUUGUGAAGGGCAAGUUGGCAGGCAAGCGGCACCGCUACCAGGUCCUCAGCAGCAGUGGCCCCCAAGCUGGAGAAGCAACCCUGCUGGCCCCCUCAGCGAAGGCGGGAGGGGGACUCACCUGUGCCCCAGCCCCCCAGGGCAGCCUAAGGAUCUUUGAGGGUCCUCAAGAAUUCCUGUCAAGGACCCCUCUGCAGCCUAUUUCAUCAAGUCCGCCACCACAGAUUCCCCCUGGCCUGAGGCCUCGGUUCUGUGCCUUUGGAGGCAGCCCACCAGUCACAGGGCCUGGGUCAAUGUUGGCACUAAAGUCACCCGCCUCAGGGAAGAAGAAAAAGAAGAGACAGACACCAGAGGCUUCAGUCACUCGGGAGGCAGUAAAUGGGUACAGGGCCCUGGAGAUAGAUACAGCUUUGGAGUCCCCAGAAACACAUGUGGGGAAGAAGAAAAAGCAGCAGCUGAAAGAACCAGAGGUGACAGAGCCCACAGCUGAGAUGUCAGAAUCUCCAGGAAUGCUGUUACCAACCACCACUAAGAAAAGGAAGAAGGCCAAAGGGGCACAAACAGUCAAGCCAGAAGUGGGGAUGCCGGAGCCAGAAGAAAAGACAGUGGAGCUGGAACUCGUGGUUAAAACCGAGCCUCUGGAAGAGACAGUCCAAUCCCCCACCAAGAAGAGAAAGAAGCAAAAGGGGACAGAGGGGAUGGAGCGGGUGGAGGGGAUGAUAGUUGAGUCACAGCUGCAGGUGAAGGUUGAGCCACAGGAGGAAGCCAUCCCACUGCCCCCCAUGAAGAAGAGGAAAAAAGAAAAGUGGCAAAAUGUGAUGACCGAGCCAGGGACUGAGGCUCUGGAGCCAAAGGUGAGUCCUCUGGAGCUUCAUGGAGACCUGAAGCCUGAACUGCCAGAUGAAGUUGAGCCUCAGGCUGAGACAGCUCUGGCAUCCACCAAGAAGAAAAGGAAGAAAGAAAAGUGGCAAAAUGCCAUGGUGGAGCCAGGGACAGAGGUGCUGGAGCCAGGGACAGAGGUGCUGGAGCCUGAGCUGCCGGCAUCCACCAAGAAGAAGAAGAAAGAGAGAGGAUGCAAAGUGACAGAGCCAGGGACUGGGAUGACUGACCCACCAAGGGAGACAGUGGAGCUUGAGACCAAGGCAGCUCCAGCAUCCACCAAGAAGAGGAAAAAGCAGGACUGGGAAAGCUGGGUGCCAGAGACAGCACCCCAAAAGGAGAUGCCAGAGCUGCUGCUGAAUCCGGAGUCUGGGGAGGUGGCUCCUAUGGAAGGACGGGAGAAGAAGCGGAAGAAGCUGCAGCAGGACCCUUUGUAGUCUCCCUGGAGAAAACUGAGGGAAGCUGAUGGUGGCUACUGGGGGCCAUCAGAAGGUGAGAGCACAAGAACCCCUCCCCAGCGAUUGCACCAGCAAACCCAGCAGGAGCCUGGACUGCAAAAAUGCUUUAUUAUUACACGGGGGACUCCUUGGCAGCGGAGGUCAUCAGGGCACUUUCAAGAAGGGCUCAUGUAGGACAUCAAACAGCCUCCGGGCCUGGGACACAGAGAGAAAGAAAUGAGGAACCAGUCAUUAAACGAGCCUUUUGUUUGGUACAUCCA